UGUCGGUGUUCCUCUAGUCCUUCAUUUGAUAGAGCAUCUUGCUCUAGCCAUUCUUUCCAGCAAGCAUCCGUUCCUUCAUUAGUAGAAAUCACAUUUCGUAAUCCGUAAUGGUCACUUCUCGAUCUCUCGUCACGUCCGUGACCUUAUUGCUCUUUGUGGCAAGCAAUACAACGGCCCUCGUUCUCCACGAACUUCCGCAUAACGAUGGUUUGAGAUACUCGAAGCGGGGGGAUCCCAUGGGCUGCUUGGAUUUGAGAUCACAAGAGACUUUUCUUUGGGGCGCGUCAGAUGGAAAUCAGGCUGCUCUCGGUAAUUUGACCGUUUACAUGCCUGGUAACCAAGAAAACAUACUUUCCAUGGAACGAUUCAAUGGCAUGUUGACGUCGGUCAACUGCUCAGAGACCUCAAUCGACAUGGCCUUCCGUGAUGAUGACACUUUCGAGUACGCGAAGGCAGUUUGGGACUGGGUCAACGGUGACGACAACCAUACCUUCGUCAUGGUCGUAGGGCGAGGUGCUUGUGGAUGGAACGACGACCACAGGCAGCCGUUCACGGUGUCGUCCCUCACGUACGACGAAGAUGCCAACGUUGCCCACCUGGCAGCGAUCGCUCAGAAUUGGACAGAAGCGAUUCACACCUACGAUCUGAACGUAGGUGGCAUGCCGUCCCGAGACUUGCAGAAACGAGGCUUCGGAGAGAUUGACUACAACAAAGACCUAGCUCUUGACUUCAACCACAAGUUUCCCGUCGAUACAGUCACCAUCCCAAUAUCCGAUGCCGUCACGGCCACAGUCGAUAUGAGCAACUGCAGCACUGCCGGCUCGUUCAACUUCCAGUUCAGGCUAGAAACGGUCCUCCUGAUACCAAAGAAGGCGGAGAUGAGCGUUCACCCUGCAGGCGUCGCCGUGACGGUCGCACCAAGCUUGUUAAUCAGUGCCAACAUCACCGAACCGAAGACGGGAAGCCUUACGCUUUCGAGGAUCAAUCUUGCGGGCAUCCAGAUUCCUGCUGGCAUUCUCGACAUCGGCCCUGAGAUUGUCUUGAGUGUAGGGGCGACUGUCGGUCCGCUCCAGGGGCAGGCUACAGUCGAUGCAGGUGUCGUUUAUAGUCUGGACGAUUCUGCCGUUGCAACGAUUGAUAUCUUCGACGCGAGUGCUGAACACAGUGGCUGGACUCCAAAAGUACAGACCACACCACUUACGGUGAGCGCGGACUUGUCUGGCACAGCCAAGUUAUUCGUCAAGGCCGAGCUUGAACUGGCGGCGAAGGCGUUCAGCACCGGCUUCGACCUCGGCGUCGGAAUCGCUCCUUACCUUGAGGCCGACAUUCAAACAGUGACAGCAGCAAGUGGAACUUGUGGCGCGUCCGACGGCCUGGCACUCAAUCCAAGCUAUGGUGCCGAUCUGAUCCUCGACGCACACAGCCCCAGCCAUGGAGCGAGCGACCCGCUGUUCUCAAUCACUCUGGCCUCUCUGCAAGAGCCGCUUCCCGACACCUGCUUGCCAUUCGGCACCGCUCCAGUCGCAGCUGCCUCCUCUACAACCUCCGGUCCAGCUGUAUCAACUUCGCCAACCUUGUCCGUUCCCGAGAUAGCAUCGUCAUCAUCUCCGGCCGGUGUCGUGCCACCUUCCAGCGCGUCAAUGUCAAGAUCGUCCGUCUCGACCGCCUCCUUCACGGUCCCUUUGCCUUCUACACUUUUAACUUGGCCCGCUAAAAAUCCAUCAUCGGUAACAACAACUCCUACCGUUGCCGUGAUCUCUAGCAGAACUGUCUCGGACUCUUCGCCUGCAACCUCAAGCUACACCCCCUCCAACAGAGCAUAUGUCACAGCUACAGUAUCAAGUUCAUCACUUGUCGCCGUCUAUGCUAGUUCUACUACUAGCGCUUCUGUGGACAGUAGCCCGCUAUCAACCUCAUCAACUGGCCGGUAUGGCUAUGGCUACGGCUACGGCUAUGGAUUGGCUGGGUACUAA